GCUCCGCCGAACGAUCCAAUCUCGAGAGACGACACACAUCAUCACUAACUAAGUAACAAACAACCAACGGCAGGCCGGCUUCUCCAACCUCAGGUCGGUCUUUCUCGUUCGUCAUACAAAGUCCCCAGACCCCCGACGACGGAUUACGGACGGACUCGGAAUCGCCGAACGAACCUCGCUCACAUCAGCUUCCACUCUGUCGAGUUGCUUGCUUGCUUGCUUGCUGCCCGUACCACUCCGCGGCUUUUCGCUGUCUUGCGUUCACUACCGCGACAACAACAACCACCACCACCACUGCCGCCUCGAGCCAACGUCCGAUCCCCUUUCCGGACCAUCCCUCCACUACCCCCGUCCACGGACACGGCCAUCCAGCGUCCCGCCCGCUACCGCGAUUCCGCGGUUUGCAUUACUCGAGCAUUUUCAAAACGCCCAGCUCCGGGAUCCGAUCCCCCACGACCUCUUCCCCGCCCAGCUUUGGCCGGCCGAAGACAGGACACGGACCAAAUCAUCUGAAGAAGGGAUCAUUGCGCGACUGGGGACCAGAGAGAGAGAGAUUGUGUGAGAGAGACAUUGACAGGAUACAAGGCGGGACGACAAGAGUCUUUAUUUGGUGGUGUUCAGUUGGGUAACUGAAAAACAACACAGACAAGGUUGGCUGUUGUCGUUGAAGCCAGCGCCUGAAAUUACAAGCCAAUAAAAAAAAAAUCAGAAAAACAAAAAAAAAACCAAAAAUCCAACAAAUCAUCAAAAGUCUCCAGCGAGGACCUCGACAACAAGAAACAAGACCCGCGCGCAUUGGACCAUUGUACUGUCUACGCCUGCAGUGCUGCUCUGUCAGAAACAAUCGCCAAUUAUCCCAGGCCAUUUCCUGCACUCCGGUGGGGGCUUGAAAGAGAAUCGACGUGCGACAAACAGCCUCCUUCACGGCGUCCUUGUCGGUCGUCAACCACCACUUCUGAUCGUUACUAGACGCAGAUUCGCUUACACUUUCGCCCUUCCCCCCUCCCAGAAAGAGGCUGAGAGUCUUUGGUAUCCUUUGAUCGCGACAUCUCAAAACCACUGCAGGGUAUAUAACGCCCGCAUCGUUCUGUGUGCUUCCCUAGGACCAACAAUCUCCAAUCUCUUCUUAUCCUUCUCCAGUCUGAGCAGGACCCCUUAACACUCCGCUUCCCCGCGAUCGUAUCUGUUGGUCUGGUUUUCCUGUCGAUACCCACGAUACGUACAACUUUUGGACAGUAUCGCCCAGCUUGUACGCCCAAUAUCACGAGAGACCAGACCAAUAUCCUACAUCGACAAGUCACUAGUAGGCAGCCCCAUCGUCUACCGCGCCUUUCGACAUCAACUGUUUUUGCGCCGUAGUGGCUUUCCUAGUAAACCGUCUCGUCGUACCAUCUCGAGCGCAUGCUUCCGUCUUACGCCGCCAUGUCUUCUCCUAACCCGAGAAAGAGACCGGCCCCGGGCGCCUCGCCUGUUGUGCCCCUUCCUCUUCAGCAGAUGCCGCAACAGUUCACUCCCGGCCCAGCGGAUCAGGUGUUCCGGUGGAAUAAUCCCCCAGACGCAGCAGCGGCACCUCUCAACUCGUUUGGAAUGAUCUCCACGCAAGCACCGUUUCCGCAGCCUAUUCCAGCACCUUCCACUGCCCUCGCGCGGCGCCCGCCAAGUCGGGCCCUUGUCACCACCAAUCAGUUCAACGGGACGACCGACACCUGGGCCUCAUUUAGUGACGAUGCUGCCUAUCCCCUGGGGCAUAACGUGCCUCCAAUGGAUGAGCACGACAACAUUGAGCGCCUCGAAGAGAUGGCGCAGCGUGCCAAGCGGGAAGCGCAGGCCAAGAGAAAGCAGAUCCCGCCUUUUGUCCAGAAACUGAGCAGCUUCUUGGAUGAGUCUAGGAACACGGACCUCAUCCGCUGGUCUGAUAAGGGUGACUCUUUCAUCGUCCUUGAUGAAGAUGAGUUCGCCAAGACCCUCAUCCCGGAGCUCUUCAAACAUAAUAACUAUGCCUCGUUUGUGCGGCAACUCAACAUGUAUGGUUUCCACAAGCGAGUAGGCCUUUCGGAUAACUCGAUGAAGGCAUCUGAAAGGAAGAACAAAAGCCCAAGCGAAUAUUACAAUCCUUACUUUAGGCGUGGUCACCCCAACCUUCUGUGGCUGAUCAAUAAACCCAAGAGUGGAGGAAAGGGAAACAAGCCAAACAAAACCACGCCCAAGGCCGAGGGAGAGGCGGACAGCGAGGAGGAUGCCGGUGGCGAAGACCCAUACGCUGGUCAGAACUACUCGUCAGCCCAAGUCGGACGUGGUUCUUCGGGUGCUGGUGAGGUUGGCCCGUUACACAAGAAGGACCUGGUAGCAGUCAAGUCUCAACUAGAUCGGCUACAACAGCAACAGGUUGCCAUCUCCAGCUUGCUACAAAAGAUUCGAGCUGAACAUACGACCUUAUUCCAGCAGGCCCUCACGUUUCAAAACCAGCAUGAACGUCACGAGAAUUCGAUCAACGCCAUUCUUAACUUUCUUGCUAACGUGUUUCGAAAGUCGCUGGAGGAGCAAGGAGGGACGCAGAGCGUGCAGGAUCUCUUGGCAAGCAUCAUCCCUAACGCUCAGGUUCACAAUCAGAAUCAAAUGCCCCAGGCAAAUGUGGUCGACCUCGGCGGCUUCGUCAACCAUCAAGUCCACAACAAUACGUCCAUGGGAACACCGAAGCGUCAACAGCGUCUCCUGCCCCCUAUCCCCCAGCAGGGUGUAGCCAAGGUGCACUCGCUUGCCUCAUCAGCCUCUCCUGCCCCAGUCCAUCCCCAAUAUCAAGCGCAGCAGAUGGGCUCCGUCACAGAACUCUUCGACACAACGCCGGGAGACAGCCCAUCUUCCACAUUCAUGAAGAACAAGCUACAAAACAACCCUCAGGAGGGGAUGAUGAAGCUCAUUCAGGACACGAAUGCUGUGAGCGCCUCCGGAGGUGUUGAUCUACCAGAUAUGGCGACCAAGACGCAUGUGAAUGCCCUAAGCAACGACCAGCGCAACAAAAUGCUCAGCAUCAUGGCCGGAAACCUUCCCUCGACUAACGGUUCGUCACCGGCCCCAAGCCCUACAGUACCUGCCGUGCCUACCCCAACAGCGACGAUGCCGCCAGUUUCCACCAUCCCCACGGUACCUGUUACCACUGCUGCUGCUCCCCCUACCCCUGUCGUCCCCAACCACGCUGCACCGAACGCGCUUUCUCCUGCCCUCGGCUCCAUGCCGCCGCCGCCACCAUUCCCCAGCUACUCCCACGAGGAGCUGGACGCCCUUCAACGGCUCCAGGAGGAACAAGCCAGCCAGAUCGAUCGGCUUACGAGCUUGCUCGGUCCGUUGAGUCCCUCCGGUCGCAUCCCCGGUAUCGACGAACACGGCAACCCUAACAGCGCCGCCGGGUACUUUGACAGCACUGACAUUGAGCAAUACCUCAACGACAACGCCUUUUCCGAUCCUGCUUACGAAUUUUCCGGGCUACCCGGCGCCAACGGAACCGGCGACGGCGCUAGCGACUUCAACUUCAAUCUCGACGACGGCUUCGAUCUGACGAACCCUACACACACCGGCGCCACUCCCACUCCGAACGGUGGUACUGCCACAACAGCCGGCACCUCCAACACUGGCGGCCUCUCCGUUCCCGGCGGCGGGUUCGACUCGGGAAGGAUAUUCGAGCACAACUCCCCUGUCAACACCCCCUCCCCCUCGGCUGCAACGGAGGAGAUCAGCAAGAACGAUUUGGAAAGCCCUGAGCGCGAUCCGAAGAGGCGGAGGAAGGGCUAGAAUCCCGGAGAUCGUAACUCUUCUUCAUCUGUUGCUUCUGUCGCUUCCUAUGCUCCUCCUUCUUCUUCUUCUUCCCACCAUCGCCAGCCUCCUUCUAUUUUGUCUCCUUCUCCAUUGAGGAAUUCUCAUCCGCCUCGUCACAUUUCUCCGGGAACUCCUCCUCUUUCUUAUCAUCAGUCUUAUCAACCUCAUCACAAACCUCAAACUCAACAUCACCAAAACCACAACCACCACCACCACCAUCACCAGCAGCAGCAGCAGCAGCGGAACUCUCUCAGUCCCCCUCAGCAGAUGCCGGUGCCUCCUCCUAGGAUGGCAUCCCCUUCGGACGUGUUUAGAGCAAAUCUACCUGGAUGGCCGUAUACCAAUAAUACGCAGACUCAGACGACGCCGGCGUGUCAAGAGCACCAGUCGGGUUUAGAAGAUUGAUGGUUUUUUUGUUGUUGCUGUUGUUGCUUUGGAAUGAUGAUUUGCUUUUUCAUGGCUUGAUAAUUUCAGGUGAUAAUAGAGCAGAUAAAAACCAAGGCAGCAAAAGAGAAAAAUAACGACGGCGGGGAAAGAUAGUCGUAGGCAUAUGUUACGUUAGAGGAUUUCAUUGGAAGAGAAAACAAAGAGAGAGAAAAAAAAAAAAAAAAAAUGAUGAUAUCGCUGGGUGGUUAAAUCGGUGCCGGUGCAUGAGGAGUUGGUCCGUCGGUCGGUCACGGACGGCUUACAGCAAGAAAAGGGAUACAGUAGUAAAAUAACCGUGUAAGGUACUAGAGUGAGUGAUUGAGUGGGUAGAGAAAGAAGAAGAGAAGGAUCGGUUAUCUUAUUACUUUGUCUCAACGGUACGCUUUCCUUUAUUUCUCUUUAUCACUUUUAUUAUUAUUCACCUACUUGGAGUGUGGUGAAGGUCACAUAUACUCUCUACUCUUAUUUCUGGUUCUGGUUCGGUCCCUGUGUGUGUACUACUUAUCUAUCUUAUUUAGAUUUUAUGGAUGGAUGAAAAUCCGGGUUUUGUGUGGUGAUCACACACUUCAUAUUCACUAUUUGACCCUUGUAUCAUUUGCUACUUGUUCAGGGAUUUGUGACCAAGUAU